AUGCUUAUUUUGAUCACUGCUCUAAUACUGAAGCUGUCGCUCGUGCUUGGUUUCAACGCCGAUUCCAAAUCAAAUGUUGCUGUCUACUGGGGCCAGGCCUCCGCCGGCUCUCAGGAGUCUCUGGCAUCAUACUGUCAAUCUUCAGAUGUCGACAUCGUACUUCUAUCCUUCCUAUACGCAUUCCCCGGAAACCUUGGGCUUGACUUCAGCAGUGCUUGUUCUUCUUCUUUCGGAGACGGUCUUCUGCACUGCGACCAAAUUGGACAAGAUAUUAAAACAUGCCAAAGUCAAGGCAAGAAAGUGAUGCUUUCCAUGGGAGGUGCCAUUGGCUCAUACGGGUUCUCCAGCGAUUCCGAAGCCGAAGAUUUCGCCACUACUCUAUGGAAUACUUUUGCUGGUGGCUCUACCUCUGAACGUCCUUUCAAUGAUGCUGUUAUCGAUGGUUUCGAUUUCGAUAUCGAAAAUCAAAAUCCUACUGGCUAUGCUGCUUUGGCCAAGAAACUCAGAAACUACUUUAACUCUGACUCUUCCAAGAAGUACUACCUGUCUGCCGCCCCACAGUGUUUCUAUCCUGAUGCUUCCGUGGGUGAUUUGAUGAACAACGCAGAGCUUGACUUCGCCUUCAUUCAAUUUUACAACAACUACUGUAAUGUCGGUACUCAUUUCAAUUGGGAUACCUGGACGGAGUUUGCCGCUGGUGCUCCAAACCCUAACAUCAAACUGUAUCUAGGAUUGCCAGGCUCUUCCUCCGCUGCUGGUUCUGGCUACCUCUCAGAUAUGAGCUUAGUACAAUCCACUGUCAACUCAAUUGGCGAAAGCGCCAACUUUGGCGGUAUUAUGCUAUGGGACGCCUCUCAGAGUUUUACCAACAAGGUCGACGGUAAAACUUAUGCGGCUCAAAUGAAAAGCAUUUUGAACUCUAUAAGUUCUGAAAGCACCACUUUGCAAAGCAGCACCGUUGCGUCUUCUACUGCUUCAUCGCUUGUUUCCAGCUCUACUAUUGCUUCCAGCACUCUCUCCGCGUCGAGCAGUACAAGCUUUGCUGGAUUGUCCGCGGUCACCUCUUCUUUCGUCGCCUCUGCAUCGACUACGUCUGAUGUGAGCUCCACCCCAGCCACCACGUCCUCGAUUUCUCAGUCCUUUGCAUCUUCAUCUGCUUUUGACGUAAGUGCCAUUUCAUUCACUUCGUUGACCACUUCAUUAUCUAUGUCGAGCACACUUCCUUCCUCUCAUGCUCACGCACAACCCUCAUCAUCGAGCGCACCCGCUGUUAUCUACAGCACGUCUACCUCCUCCGCUGUUUCCUCCCUGCUUGUUUCAACAUCUUCAUCAUCCAGUAAAACCUCAGCUUCGGCUUUCUCGGUUGUACUUGAGUCAUCUACCUCUGUCUCUACCUCAGCUGCCGCUUCUUCUUCCAAGGCACCCACAACAACUACCCCUGUUUCCACAUCAGCUACUACAUCUUCUAGUGGCUCUGAGACACUUACUCCUACUUCUUCCUCAGGUCCAGGUGUAAGCACGACUAUUUUGGCUCCCACCAACGUUCCCACAUUUGUUCCAACCACAACAUCUACAAGUGCUCCCACCGCCACCUCAUGGGCCCACACCAGAGCCAUCGAAUUGAAUGCACAGUACGCUGCUGGCCAGCUAAAUGGUAAGUCUAGCUGUUCAGAUGGCGAAAUUGUUUGUUCUGGUGACGGUCAGAUCACGAUUUGUGAUCAUGGUUCCUGGGUCUACACUGAAUGUGCUGUAGGUACCACUUGUUUCGCGUACGAUUUUGACGACACUGUCUACACCAGCUGUAACUUCGCCUAUAUGAGAAGCAGCUUUGUAUGA